UUACGUUGGUGCCGUAUUACAACCUGUGAGCUGUCCACAUGGGGCCGACCACGCCACUGUUUAUUGAGCUGGAGAGGAGUGUCCCCCCCCCCCCCCCCCCCCUAAAUUAGAUCACCCAACUGUAAAUCACGUGGACGCCGCUGAGGUGAUUUGGGCCCAUUAUUCUCGCCUCAUGAUUGAGUCCUGAACAAGUGGUGAAAUCUCCGCUUUGGCCUGAUUACGCUGUGGAUUAACUGCACAUUUGUUUGAUCUGAGUCAAACCAAGCUACUUAAAACCCCUUUAAACAGAUUCUAUGCUUCUCCUAAGUGGACUGAAUCAACUCAGUCCAUCGCCAUGGAGACCAUAUGGCUCUAUCAGUUUCGUCUGAUCGUCAUCGGCGACUCCACGGUCGGGAAAUCGUGUCUGAUUCGCAGGUUCACCGAGGGCCGCUUCGCGCAGGCGUCGGACCCAACCGUGGGGGUGGACUUCUUCUCGCGCCUGGUGGAGAUCGAGCCGGGCAAACGGGUCAAACUCCAGAUCUGGGACACCGCGGGCCAGGAGCGGUUCAGGUCCAUCACCAGGGCCUACUACCGCAACUCAGUGGGGGGUCUCCUGCUCUUCGACAUCACGAACCGCCGCUCCUUCCAGAACGUGCACAGCUGGCUGGAGGAGGCGCGGAGCCACGUGCAGCCGCACGCCAUCGUCUUCCUGCUGGUGGGCCACAAGUGCGACCUGGAGGCCCAGCGCCAGGUGAGCCCGCACGAGGCCGAGGAGCUGGCGGGCGCCUUCGGCAUGCGCUACGUGGAGACGUCGGCGCGCGACGCCAUCAACGUGGAGAAGGCCUUCGUGGAUUUGACGAGGUCCAUAUUUGAGCUGGUGAAGAGCAAGGACAUCCAGAUCCAGGACGGCUGGGAGGGCGUGAAGAGCGGCUUCGUUCCCAACACCGUGCACUCGUCGGAGGAGGUCUCCGGCGGCGGCCGCCAGUGCUUCUGCUGAGGCGGCAGCUCCGUUUGUAAGAGAUGACGUCGCUCCGUUUCCAUCGCGGCCGCGCACGAGCCGGUUAUUGAGGCUCAUAACACUUAUAAGACAUUGUUUCGCCUGUUGAAAAGCACAAGCAAACCCUGAAUCCUCACUGUUCUGUAAGUCGUGACUGCUGUGACCCCCGGCCCUCGACAGCUGCUUCAGCCUUUGUGUGUGGCUGAUCCGUCCUUUCCAUUCACGCAUACGAUUCUAAAGCUUUUCUCGGAUAAGAUCCAGAGGGAAACGAGACACAAUGAGAUGAAUGUGCUGCCCUAGAAAUCCAAGUGGCUUAAUACAUAAGGAGGCUGACUAUCAGUGGUGGGAACAGUUCAGAAAUCACCUUAAAGCCUUUUGUGCCCAAACCCAAAGUGUUCGAACACAUUUUAAAGGCAAGUUCAUUAAUAAAUGGUUGAAAUUGAUAGUUUGUGAAAGAACGUCCUAUUAACCAGUGUAUUUUCUACAGUGCGUCAUAUAAAUAAAACAUUCUGAGAACGUCUGCGCUGCAUUCGGUAAAAACUAUUUAUUAGGAUGAAAUCUUCCGCCACUAGAGGGCAGCAGCGAGCCGCUCGCGUCUAAUUCAAUAGAGCAGAACCCAAGUAAUUAAGUGAUCACAAACUGAUGAGCUCCGUCUGUCUGGAGCAGGUCAGAAACACUUCCGGGUGCUUUGAAGCAUAUUUACAUGUGCAGCCUUGAGUCUGUGAUAUUAUUGCGUUAUAAUAGUCAAUGAAACACGGGGCAGUUUUUAGUUUGGACGAGGCGGUGACAUUAGAGGAGCCACAGAGAGUGAGAGAAAAACUGGAGUCAGGAGGAGACGGUGUUUUUAAACGAAUGCAUCUGCAGACGCAUACAUAAAUGACUGCGUUCAAUGGGGAAAAUGUAUCAUCCGUUCACUUCCUGGAAAGGGGCGGGACUAAACGCCAUUCCCCUAAUAGGAAUUCAGAAUAAAAUCAUCUGCAAACUUAA